AUGAUACGAGUUGUACAGCUGACGCUGCUCGGCUCCAUUCUCUCUAACAUGUUGCUUGUUCUUGGCUGCGCCUUUUUCUGUGGCGGCCUUGGGAAUGCGGUUGUGAAUUCAGGAUUGCUUUUGAUGGCUGUUAUGGGGCUACUCUUCCCUGCUGUUCUUCAUUACACACAUAGUGAGGUUCAUGCUGGUUCGUCAGAGCUUGCUCUCUCAAGGUUCAGUAGUUGCAUAAUGCUCGUCGCAUAUGCUGCUUACCUUUUCUUCCAGCUAAAGAGCCAGCGCAGUUCUUAUACCCCUCUCACCGAGGAUAUGAACCAGAGCGAAGAAACCUCGGACGAUGAUGAAGAUCCUGAGAUCUCCAAGUUGGAAGCUAUCAUUUGGCUUUCAAUCUUGACGGCUUGGGUCUCUCUUCUCUCCGGCUAUCUUGUGGAUGCCAUAGAGGGGGCUUCGGUCUCGUGGAAGAUACCAAUAUCUUUUAUCAGUGUCAUCUUGCUUCCUAUAGUGGGGAACGCGGCAGAGCAUGCAGGUGCUAUUAUGUUCGCCAUGAAAGACAAGCUGGAUCUUUCUUUGGGAGUGGCUAUUGGUUCCUCAAUCCAGAUAUCCAUGUUUGCGGUUCCUUUCUGUGUGGUGAUCGGAUGGAUGAUGGGCGCACAAAUGGACCUAAAUUUCCAGCUUUUCGAGACGGCUACACUGUUCAUAACUGUUAUUGUCGUAGCUUUCUUUAUUCAGGAAGGGACAUCGAAUUACUUCAAAGGAUUAAUGCUCAUUCUUUGUUAUUUGAUAGUCGCUGCCAGUUUCUUUGUACAUGAAGAUCCUCACCAAG